AUGCCCAUCCUCCUCCUCCUCCUGCUGCUCCUCAGCUGCCGCGCCGCCGCCGAGGAGGACGGCUCGCUGCUCCGGCCGGGCCCGGACAGGCAGAGCUCCGCCGCCGCGCCCCCGACGGCCGCGACCCCCGCGCUGCACAACGCGUCCCGCCCGGGCGCGCUGCCCAAGGGCGCGGGGCCGGCUGGAGGGCGGCCGCGCUCCGCCUCGCCCCCCAUGUGCACGGGGCAGACGGAGAUCAAGGAGACUUUCAAGUACAUCAACACGGUCGUGUCCUGCCUGGUCUUCGUCCUGGGCAUCAUCGGCAACUCCACGCUGCUGCGGAUCAUCUACAAGAACAAGUGCAUGAGGAACGGGCCCAACAUUCUCAUCGCCAGCUUGGCCCUGGGCGACCUGCUCCACAUCAUCAUCGACAUCCCCGUCAACGUCUACAAGCUGCUUGCAGAGGACUGGCCCUUUGGUGUUGAAAUGUGCAAAUUAGUGCCUUUCAUUCAAAAAGCAUCAGUGGGCAUCACAGUGCUGAGUUUGUGUGCCCUCAGUAUAGACAGGUACCGAGCAGUUGCUUCUUGGAGUCGCAUCAAAGGUAUUGGAGUGCCAAAGUGGACUGCUGUGGAAAUUGUCCUGAUCUGGGUCAUAUCAGUGAUACUGGCUGUUCCAGAAGCUAUUGCAUUUGACAUGAUUACAAUGGAGUACAGAGGAAGGUAUCUUAGAAUCUGCUUGCUUCAUCCCACGCAGAAAACAUCCUUUAUGAUGUUUUACAAGCAAGCUAAAGACUGGUGGCUGUUCAGCUUUUACUUCUGUUUGCCACUGGCUAUCACAGCAUUUUUCUAUACUCUCAUGACUUGUGAGAUGUUACGAAAGAAAAGUGGGAUGCAGAUUGCUUUAAAUGACCACUUAAAACAGAGACGUGAGGUGGCCAAAACUGUGUUUUGUCUGGUACUUGUUUUUGCCUUGUGUUGGCUCCCACUUCACUUAAGCAGAAUCUUGAAACUCACUAUUUAUGAUCAGAAGGACCCCAACAGAUGUGAACUUUUAAGCUUUUUUCUUGUGAUGGACUACAUUGGUAUUAACAUGGCUUCACUAAAUUCCUGCAUCAAUCCAAUAGCUCUCUAUUUGGUGAGCAAAAGAUUCCAAAACUGCUUUAAGUCAUGCUUGUGUUGCUGGUGCCAAUCCAAAGAUCUGUUGUCCCUGGAGGAAAGGCAGUCCUGUUUAAAGUUCAAAGCUAAUGAUCACGGAUAUGAUAAUUUCCGCUCCAGUAACAAGUACAGCUCUUCAUAA